AUGGUCAACAUAUCCUGGAUAUAUAUCUCAGUGGACACGUCGCUGGAGAGAUUGGAAAUCCUCUCCUUCUCUGCUCUGAAGAAAAUCACCCACAUAGAGCUAAGAAAUUUAAAAACUCUGACCUACAUCCACCCAGAAGCCUUCCACAACCUGCCGAGUCUCAAAUACUUAGGGCUUUACAACACGGGCCUCAUGUUCUUUCCACAUCUCAGCAACAUCAACUCCUUUGACCCAAGCUUCAUUUUAGAGAUUGUGGAUCAUCCGUACAUCACCGAGAUCCCGGCCAAUGCAUUCCAGGGCAUCACCACCGAGCUGCUGACAGUUGCGUUGUUUGGAAAUGGCUUCAGAGAGAUUCAGCAUCACGCCUUCAAUGGAACCAGACUUGAACAAGUUGACCUCCACAGGAACAAGUAUCUGUCCAGGAUCGAUGAAAAGGCGUUUGAAGGCACCAUUGUGGGCCCCAUGCUACUAGAUGUGUCGGAAACAGCCGUCAGCUCUCUGCCCGCUCUGGGGAUGGGCAGUCUGCGCGAGCUCAAGGCACGGGACGCCUGGGCCUUGAAGAAACUGCCCCCGAUCAAAACAUUUUUACACCUGCGCAGCGCCAACCUGACCUACCCCAGCCACUGCUGCGGCUUCAAGAACAUCAAGAAGAACAGAGGUGUUUUUGAUUUCAGAUUCCUGGAGUCCGUCAUUUGCAACUUGACCGCUUUCUAUGACCAGCACCAAAAGCGCUCAGUGGGACCCUUACGCACGCCAUCGCUGCAGGACGACCUCAUGUCUGAACCCGUCCCGGACCAGGAGACCAACGAGGACUUGCUGAAGGACCAGGAUUUAUGGAGGCCCGACUUCCACAGCAGCCUGCACUACCACGCCAUUUUCGGGGGGCAGUCCGACGACGAGGUUGGCUUCGGCGAGAACUUUAAAAACCCCCAAGAGGACAACUCGCAGGAUUUCGACAACCGCUACGACUACAUCAUGUGCGACGAUCGGGCCGAGGUAGAUUGCGCACCUGACCCGGACGAAUUCAACCCAUGCGAGGAUAUCAUGGGUUUUAGCUUUCUUCGAGUGACCGUGUGGUUUGUUAGCUUGCUAGCCGUUGUCGGAAACAUCGUAGUCCUGAUUGUUUUGCUGACGAGCCACUACAAGCUUACCGUCUCCCGCUUUCUCAUGCUCCUGGAUGUGGCUGGCUGCUUCACUGAGGCCCCUCUCUACCGCUCAAAGCUGCUCUCAUCGCACCACGAUGUAAGUGUCAAGGCCUCUCACCGUCAACGUCACGCCAUGUUUGCUCCAGUCGCCCGGAGAAUGCAGAGGAGGCUGCAGGAACAAUGUGGAGCAAUGUAG